UGAUUGGUUGUUAUGUUUAAAGGACUGACCUGUCUACUAUACACUAUAAAAACAGUCUAUAACAUUGAACAUAGAAAAUCAUUUCUACACUAUAAUGUUUCAACCCUAUUUAAGGUCUAUAAUCUUUGUCAGUAUAUUAGCAUUUGCUUCAUUAUUAUCAUUAUGUAUAUUACAUCCUUUUCUUUGGUUACUCAUCAAUAAACAAACACGCCUAAAUCCAGGAUCUACUCUUUAUUCCGAAUGGUUACAACCAUCUGUACCUAUUUUUAUACAAUUUUAUUUUUUUAAUUUAACAAAUCCAUCCGAAUUUCAAUCUGGUCAUAAACCUCAUAUUCAACAAUUAGGACCAUAUACAUAUUAUGAGAAACGUGCUAAAUUCAAUAUAUCCCAUGAGAAUGGAUCUAUUACUUAUAAAGAAAUUAAAUGGUAUUAUUUUGAUCCAAAUUUAUCCAACGGUAACGAAAAUGACACCAUCACAAGUGUUAAUCUAGCUUAUAUAACCAUAGCAACUAAGCUUAAUUUCAUGCCAUGGCCUAUUAGUAGAGUCAUUGAACAGAUUGAAGAACAUUUUCAUGAAUAUCUAUUUAUUACAAAAACUGUUAAUCAAUUAUUAUGGGGUUAUGAAGAUGAAUUAUUAACAUUUAUAUCAAAUCAUUUUAUUAAUAUUUCAACAAAUAUUGGUCUAUUCAUCAAUAAAAAUAAUACCCUUAGUGAUUACGUAACAAUUAAUGAUGGUAACCAUGACAACAAAAAGAUUGGUCAAAUUAUAAAAUAUCAUGGAAAUAAAACAUUAUCUUGUUGGAAAACAUUAACAGCUAAUAUGAUUAAUGGUACUGAUGGUUCUAUAUUUCAUCCAUUUAUAAAUAAAAAUGAAGAUCUUUAUAUAUUUGCAUCGGAUAUAUGUCGUUCAUUACAAUUUGGGUUUGAUUCAAUAGUAAAGAUCAAUAAGUUACCAGUAUUGAAAUUUAUUCCCUUAUCAGAUAUAUUUAAAUCACCUAAAUAUUAUGAAAAAAAUAAAGGAUUUUGUUUAAAUUGGCCUAAUUGUUAUGAUGAUGGUAUAUUAGAUAUGUCAUCAUGUCAAUCUGGUGCACCAAUUGUUAUAUCACAACCACAUUUUUUAAAUGCUAAUAAAUCAUAUCAAAAUGCUGUUGAUGGUAUGUAUCCAACUGAUGAAUUCAAUACAAUGAUUUAUAUAGAACCAAAUACUGGUAGUAUCAUAAAAGCUGAGAAAAAACUUCAAAUCAAUAUUGUAGUAAAAAAUGAUCCAAAUUUUAAGCAACUAUCAAAUCUUUCAACUACUUUAUUACCAAUUAUGUUUAUUAAUGAAUCAGUUCAAUUAAAUGAUACUUUAAUUAAUCAAUUGUUUGUAAUAUUAAUUCAAACACCAUAUAUUGUUCAAAUUAUUUUAAUAUUUAUUGUUACCAUGGCAACAAUUGGGAUAUGUUCAAUUAGUUUAGUAUAUUUUUAUCAAAAUAGAACAAGUUUUAAGUAUACACAACAUAUUGAUAAUAUUCAUGAAGAUGAACCGAAUGAUACUACUUAUAUAGAAAAUGUAUCAGAACACCAAAUUACAUUAGACAAUGAUCAACAACAAAAAGAUCCGAUAGCUUAAUGUUAAUCUUUGAAUAAAAUGUGUAAAAAAAAAAGAAUAUUCGAUUUCAGUAGUAUAAAUCACUUUUGUUUUUCUUUCAUAUAAAAUUUGAUUAUUUCAUUACCUAUCUCUUAAUAUUGGAUUUAUAUAAAAAGUAUUAUAAAAGAUCAAUAAUCCAUGGAAAUAAACAGUUGUUUAGCUUUCCAAAUGCCCUGUUAUGUCUGAGGGUGGGGAAAGGUCACCCCCUCCCUCUCAAAAUGAUCUCACAUGGCCACGUGCAUACAACGACUGACAGGGGAGUCCUACUCACUGCCUU